GGGAAUAAACCCUAAAAAGUAGGACGGUGACCAGUCACUACUCUCCCAACGAAGAUGAAUCAGAUGAGAGCAACGUUGAUGAAGAAGAUGCGGAGGACGGCGAUGAAUCAGGUGCCUCUCGCCAAUUUCCGUGGGAGAGGUUUCUCAUCAGGCUCGACUGGUUCUUCAAAAUCGGAUACUGCUGAUCCGGUGACCUGGUUCAAGGUUUUCAAGGGGGUUGCAUCCCGGUUCCUCUUCAAUCGCCUCGUGAGCCGUUGCGAGAACAAUCCGGUGACUGCAAGGAGGCUGUGCUCGUUUGUCAAUAAGACGGAGGGUUGGAAGGCAAGUCUCAACAACUACUCUUCUGGGAGUGGUGGGAGCAAGAUGGUUGAGUUUCUUUCGCAGGACAAAUCCAUGGUGAGGAGCGCGUGCCAGGUGUUCUGUAACACGUACACGGGAACCUUUGUUGCUACUGCUUUAGCCCUCGGAUGGCUUGGUUUUAACCAAUCCGUCCGUGUCUUUGAUAAAAAGGAGGCUGAAGAGAGUGUAGAACGUGUGGAUGCGAGGUUGAGUGGCCUGAGCCGAAAGGUUGAUGUGCUCGAUCAUGAGUGGCAUAUGGCCAAGCUUUACGCUGUGCAGCAGAUGAGGAAUGCGAAGGGAGGAAAACAAGUUUGAGACAUUCUUGAUGUGAAUUCAGUCAGCCAUGCUAGCUCCAAUUUAACUCUUUCUGCUGUAUAUCAACAACGUUUGCUUAGUUUUUAUCCUUGUGAUUUUCCUGCAUAUGAACAAUGAUGUUUUAGCCUUGACUUUUGUCUGUAAUAAUGAUGGUUGGUGUUUUACAACGGUUUUAAUUGCGGUUCAUUUCAGUUUA